GCAUGUGUUGAGUAACUCUCCUUGUGAAUGUGAGGCUGUUUUUGUGAGCGUUAGGUAUGUCACUGCUGUGGGGGGCUACAUGACAGCUGCUGGACGUCGUUAGUGUUCACGGUUAGAAAGUCUUCUCCGCCUUCCUGAGCUCAUGGCGGCCGCUGCUCAUGUGUCCGCUGUCCGCUCUCUGUACAAAAGAAUCCUGGUGCUGCACCGGUUCCUGCCCAUAGACCUGCGAGCCCUCGGCGACCAGUAUGUGAAAGACGAGUUCAGGAGACAUAAAGCUGCAGCUCCCGAGGAGGUGAAGAACUUCAUGACAGAGUGGGAGAACUACAAGGACACCCUGCAGACUCAGGUACUGGAGUCAGCGGGGGAGCGACUCAGCUCAGUGAAGUUUGGGACCAACCUGUCAGACGGGAAGCUCCGUGACUUCCAGGAUGACCAGAUAGGCCAGCUGUACGAGCUCAUGCUGGAAUCCACCAAACCCAACAGACAGUUUGACAUCCAGGAGGACAGCAAAUGAAGCAGCAAAGCCACAGCGGUGUGCUUGGACAUUGAGAAGGUGCUCUGAUGAAUUCAGGCAGCUUGAAUAUUACCUCUUAGUGCUUCAGAUGCAGAGUGAUGCUCAAAGGCCAAGUAGAGGCUUUUAAGAAUAUUUGAUUAUGUCAAAGUGCUGUGUAAUUCUGUGUUCUUGUGCUUGUCUCUUUUACUAUGACAAUAAAAGAGGUUCCUCAUGCUCCUCCACAGGCGCAUUAAAGUGGCACUAA